AUGACCGGCAAAGAUGAGCUGAAGCUGUUGGGUACGUGGGCGAGCCCCUGGGCUGCCAGGGUGAAAAUCGCGCUCCACCUCAAGGGCCUGAGCUACGAGUACGUGGAGCAGGACCUCGACAACAAGACCGACCUCCUCCUCACUACCAACCCGGUGCACAAGAAGGUGCCCGUGCUCAUCCAUAACGGCAAGCCAAUCUAUGAGUCUGUCGUCAUCCUAGAGUACAUCGACGAUGCCUAUGGUACCGUAGGCCCCUCCCUCCUGCCCGCUGACCCCUACGAGCGUGCCAUUGCUCGGUUCUGGGUAGACUACAUUGACCACAAGCUAGUCAUCCCGUGGAAAGUGGCAUUCACGGCCAACGGAGAGGAGGAGAAGACCGAGGGGAUAAAGCAGAUGUUGGCCGGGGCGCUGACGCUGGAGGGGGCUCUGAAGGAAUGCUCCAACGGGAAGCCCUUCUUCGGCGGUGAUAGCAUUGGAUACGUGGAUAUCGCACUAGGCGGUCUGUUGGCGUUUCUACAGGGAACUGAAGAGCUAUGUGGUACCAAGCUCUUUGACGUCGCCAACACCCCACUUCUGAUAGCGUGGGCGCUUCAUCGCGCUGGACGCUGCCAAGGUGGCGCUGCCGGACGUCGACAAGUUGGUUGA